CAGACCCUCCUCAGCCUCAGCCCGCGCUCUGGGACUUCUCUCACUCUCUGUCUCUCUCUCUCUCUCCCUGUAGCACACACACUCUCUCUCUCUCACACACACACACACACACACACACACUCUCUCAUACACUCAGAGGCUUCUACUAUACACACUGCUCCAGCUGCGGAGGAGGAGGAGAGCGGUAACGGACAGCCGGGAGGAGGAGGACGGGCAGCGGGACUCCCUCUAUUACAGCGCUGGUUAAACCGGGGGAAAGACCGGUCGUCGUGCUUCAGUCUCUCCGCCUCUCCGAGCCCAAGAUGCGGCCGUUCGCCGUGGCGCUGCUGCUGCUGCUGGCGGUGUUCGGGCAGUGCGGCACCCUGGCUGGGAAAGUGAACAAACACAAGCCAUGGAUCGAGACGUCCUACCACGGAGUCAUCACCGAAAACAUGGACACCGUCCUGCUGGAUCCACCACUUGUAGCCUUGGACAAGGAUGCUCCCGUGCCCUACGCAGGGGAAAUCUGUGCGUUUAAGAUCCACGGGCAGGAGGCCCCGUUCGAAGCAGAGGUGCUGAACAGGACGUCGGGGGAAGGCGUGCUGAGGGCCCGGGGCCCCAUCGACUGCGAGCAGCAGAAGGAAUACACCUUCAUCAUCCAAGCCUACGACUGUGGGUCCGGGCCCACUGGAGCCGGCUGGAAAAAGAGCCACAAGGCGGUGGUUCACAUCCAGGUGGACGAUGUGAACGAGUUCUCGCCGGUGUUCAGGGAGCCGGUGUACCGGGCCACGGUGACAGAGGGGAAGAUUUACGACAGCAUCCUGCAGGUGGAGGCCUGGGACCAGGACUGUUCGCCUCAGUACAGCCAGAUCUGCAACUACGAGAUCGUCACGCAGGACACGCCCUUCGCCAUCGACCGCAAUGGCAACAUCCGCAACACAGAGCGACUGAGUUUCGACAAGCAGCAGCACUACAAAAUCCUGGUGACGGCCUACGACUGCGGCCAGAAGAGGGCGUCGGAGAGCGUGCCCGUCCACAUCGACGUCAAGCCUGUGUGCAAGCCCGGCUGGCAGGGUUGGAAUAAUCGAGUGGAUUAUGAGCCUGGAACAGGCAGCAAGCAGCUGUUUCCCAAGAUGCACCUGGAGACGUGCGACGGCCCGCUGUCGUCAGUAAGGGCCAUGGUGGAACUGCAGACCAGCCACAUUGGGAAGGGCUGCGACCGAGAGACGUAUUCCGAGAAGUCUCUACAGAAGCUCUGUGGUGCCGCUUCGGGCAGCACCGACCUUCUCCCUGCUCCCAGCGCUUCCACCAACUGGACCGCCUCCCUGCUGACAGACAGUGGGCGGGACAGUGACCUCAUCUUCCGGUUUGACGGACGGCAGGCCGCCAACAUUCCCGAGCGGGUGGUGCCUCAGAAUCUCACGGACCAGUUCACCAUCGCUACCUGGAUGAAGCACGGCCCGAGCCCUGGACUGAGAGCUGAAAAGGAGACUCUGCUGUGUAACUCUGACAAGACCGAGAUGAACAGGCACCAUUACUCACUGUACGUUCACAACUGCCGGCUGGUCUUCCUGCUGCGGAGGGACUUCACGCAGAUGGACACAUUCAGGCCGGCUGAGUUCCACUGGAAGCUGGAGCAGAUCUGUGAUAAAGAGUGGCACUACUACGUGAUCAAUGUGGAGUUUCCUGCCGUUACUCUGUUCGUCGAUGGCGUGACCUACGAACCCUACCUAGUGACAGAUGACUGGCCUAUUCACCCCUCUCAGAUAGACGUGCAGCUGACAGUCGGCGCUUGUUGGCAAGGAGGAGAGGUGACUACGCCGCGCUUCACGCAGUAUUUCCGGGGAAGCCUCUCAGGACUGACCAUCCGUCCUGGAAAGAUCGAGACGCAGAAGGUCAUCUCCUGCCUGCAGGCCUGCAAAGAAGGCCUGGACAUCAACUCUCUGGAGAGCCUAGGCAAAGGCAUCAAGUUUCACUUCAACCCAGCCCAGUCUGUGCUGGUAAUGGAAGGGGACGACUUGGACAGCAUUAACACAGCCAUGGCCAAAGUCUCCUAUAUUAACUCAAGACAGUUUCCCACGCCAGGCCUCCGCAAACUCCGGGUGACCACUACUGUCCAAUGCUUCGGGGAAGACACGUGCAUCUCCAUCCCGGAUAUAAAGGCGGUGGUGAUGGUGCUUCCGCCCAGUGAGCCGCGGAUCACCAUUGCUGGAGUGGAGCGGGCGACGUGGCCCGCCUCCGAGCUCCGAACCCCCGCCGGCAUCACCCUGUUCAAAGACAUCCGCAUCAUCAGCACCAUCACCAAGAGCGACAAUGCCUUCAGCUCAGGCCACAGACCCGGCAUUUUGGAGGUAAUGCAUAACCUCGAUUACUGCGACGUGCUGGUAAUUGGGGAGGAGCUGAAUCCAGAGCACGAGAGUUUGGAGAUUCACCACAGCUCACUACUGGGAAAGCAUCUAGAUGCCACCAACUCCACAUCUGGAAUCUCCAUCUAUGGUGUGGACUCCAUGGCACAUUACGAACAGGCCAUUCGGCAGGUGAGGUACCGCAACUGGCGUCCGGCUGGCCUGUCGGAGAGAAGGUUCCGGCUCAGCUGCUCCGAACUCAACGGCCGCUACACCAGCAAUGAGUUUAACCUGGAGAUCGGAGUACUGCACAGCUCAGAGCCCGUGGAGCACGUCAACCACAUGGCCGCCGAGUCCCAGUACAUGAGGCCUGUGCAUCAUCCGCUGAUGGUCCACACCAUCAACUCAGACCACAUUUCAGGCACGCCCCCAGCAGCCACCGUGGUUAUAGUGAUGUGCAUCGCCGCCCUAGUGGUCAUUGUCGUCCUGGGCAUCUACCGCAUCCAUACUACCCACCAGGAAGCUCCAAAAGAAGAUGAGGAGGGAGGGAAGGAGCCGGAAAUGGACUGGGAUGACUCAACCCUCACCAUCACGGUCAACCCUAUGGAGAACAUCAGCGGCUCUCAAAGCGCCGGAGAGAUCAGGGAGGAAGAGGAGGAGCUUGAGGAGGAAGAGGAAGACGACGAGGAUGAAGAGGAGCUGGCUGGAGAUCAGACCAGCGGCGAAUCGGAGGACAGUGAGGAAGACGAGCAGACGGAAGUGAAGGGCAAAGUGAAGGGCAAACUGGAAUGGGACCCCUCUACGUUACCCUAUUAACAACCCUCCUUAAUCUACCACACACACACACACACAUACAUACACACACACACAUAUACAAACAUAUACAGAAUAUAUAUACACACAGUCACAUGAUGCAAACAUGUGCACACACACACAUGUACACAUUUAAUGCCCUCUCACACACACAAACACACAAAUACACAACACACACACACACACACUCCACACAGAUACCAGAAAUUGUUGCCUGAUAAAUCAAAAAUCCUUCAUUUAUUAUUGAACUGACCCACCCUGACCAUAACGCGCACGUUCGCUGCCACACUCUCUAUCUCUCUCUCUCUUUCUCUCUCACACACACACACACACACACACACACACACACUACACGGCGUCCUCUAAUGCAAUGUCUCCCUCUGCUGGUCAACAAUGGAAUUGCACCCACAUAUCUACACUCAAAUCAAAGAGCUACUGUUAAGUUGUUUAAGCAGCCUAAUCUUAACAGGUCUGAGAACAGCAAAGACUAAUCCAGCGCAGUGUAAUGGCAUUAACAGGCAACGUAUGGAUGCACAAGAACUGAUUAAAGGGAAACUCUGCUGUUAUUUCUUUUUUAUUUUUUGUUUUUGUUUUUUCGUCUCGCAAAAUUUCCGCAUAAUCCACUAAUUCAGAUGUUGACAAAGUCAUUCAGAGUGGGGUUUAAAAUGAAAUGGUUCAAACAGUGAUGCUACCACCACCACGUUUUAUACACUAGGUAGGGAUGAUGAUAAAAUAGGAGCAGAACUCGAAGGAUAAGUGCUCAUUGUGGACUAUUUGCCUUACAGAACCAUUUAGGACAGCUUCUUUUUGCACAUAUUUUACGAUUCGGUUUGUUUUCACACCUGUGCUUUCUGCUCCAGUUAAACCAAGCUUGUUUUCCACCCUUAGUUUGGACCAAUAUAAAUACAGCAAACACACUCAGAUGGUUCUGUACUGGUUUGUUUGUGGUGAGAACAUGAUCUGACCUGAUCUGAUCUCAUUUCUACCCAAUUGUAUUGUACAAGUUUGAGCUAACCAGCUAGCUGUUGUUCUCAUGGAUCAGUUUAACCUGUCUUUUUAAGUUAAACUGCACAGAAAUACACACUCUUCCAGAACAGAGAAGCGUCUUACCAUUUUCAAUUUCAGGUUGUUAAGUGGUUAGGUGGUUCCCUUUUCCUUAUGCAAAUUGUGCAAAAACAAUUUAAUUGCUUAAAUUUAACCAAUUAACGACACUUUUUUUCACAGCAUUUUUGUUAAUUUUCUGCCUGAUAUUACACUCCUUCAUUUUUUUAAGAGGAUUUAUGAUCUUUUCAAGCAUUGUAUAUACCAGAACAAAUGACCUAUAUUACAUUAAUCAAUCUAAUCAAACAUUUAUCUAGGAUAUAUGAUCAUCAACCACCUUGAAUAGCACAGUCGUUACUUAGCAACACCUAGCAACCGAACUAUGUCUACAUGACACAGUAAAGGCCAGUGUAUGCUUCUGCAUCAAACCUACAGUGUAGCCUAUGCGUAUACAGCAAAAGUGUUGAAACAAUUUAAACCACAAAUGCAGGAAUGUGUGGGCGGGAAUGCAAAGCCUGGCGGACCAAUCACAGCUGCGGCUCGUGCACAUCGAGCUACGACAUAGGCUACAGUGUAGAAGUAUAAAUUGGCCUUAAAUGGUAGGUGGCAGCACAGAUCUUAACCCUUUAAGAUCAAGAAAAGAGAAUUCCACUGAAAAAAAACAUGUCAACCACCUGGAAUAGCACCUAGCAACAGAGCAGGUUCCUUCGGAAGAGGUUGUUUCCCACCAGAACUCUGAACAAACUGAACCCUGAAUGACUUUGCUGAUGUUUAAGACUCGAUUAUGCAGAAAUUUUGAAAUGUAGGUGGACUUCCCCUUUAACAAAAUCUCAAAAUCAACAUCUCGGGGAUGUUUUUUGCCUUUUGCUGAAGAAUUAGAUUAACAACGUCUUAACAUCAUACUAACGUACUAACAUCUUAACAUCAGGUUGCUUGUCGUUCUUUUUUUUUUUCUUUUUUUUCAGAAACACGCUGACCCUUUGGAAGUGACAUAGCUUGGGAUGUGUGCGGCGUCGCGUUUCGUUUCUUUAUCUCCUUCCCUUUCCUUUCUCUACUAACAAAUAACACAGAAGAUUGCAUUUGUUUGCAAUGUGAAAUACUUUCGAUUGUUUUUUGCAAUUAAAAAAUCUCUAUUUUUCUUUCAUUUGAAAUCUAGCAGAAAUGUUUAUUUUAGAUCCUCGGAGAGAGAUUGUUUUCGUUCGGCGCGUUUGUCUUUAACAGAGGUAUAUUUAAAAGAAAAAAAUCUUAAAAAAAAAAAAGAGAGAACUUAUUGGGAGACACGAGAAAAGACGUCUAACUCUUUUUUGAUAGGUUUUCUUUGCCUGUCUUCUUUCUGUUUGAACUCUUUAGACUCUGUGGUCAUAGAUGAAGGAGUGGCUGUACAAUUUUAUAUGCCUGUCUUCUGUAAAUAGAGUAGAGUAGUCAAAAUGGUCUCCCACAUCCCUCAUGUUCCCGCCUCCCUCGUCCAAUCACCUUCCCAUCCACCCACUCGCCCACCCGCCCCCAUGCUACCUGGUUUCGUGUCCACACUUGCUUGCUGUAGAGGAAAUCUGGCUCCUCUUUCUCUGUGUGUUAGCAGCUGACCUGUCUACUUCUGUCCUUCAGUCUAUUUCUAUGUUUUAACAUUGGUUUUAACAUGCGGUCAAAACAACAUGAAAGCACCUCAGGUCUUUGAACAGUAGGUAUUUGGACAGUGACCUGAAUGUGGUCAUUUUGCUUCUGGACACAACCACAGCAUGGAUUCCCAGUCAAUCUUGUGUCCAUGUGGAGCUCACCUGGGUUAGAUGGGUUCCAAUAGUAUCUCCAAUAGGAUCUCUAAAUCCUUUGGCGGCCCAAUCCUUGGAGGCCAUUUCCAUAUGAUUAAUAAAAAUCAUAAUUCUAUAUGAUUCCAUCAAGGCCCCUCAAGAAGUGUGCAACCUAGAGGUUGGGUUGCCAUGUUAAACCACUCCUGGUCCAAUCACUGAUAUCCACAUGUUGGUGGGUGGUGGUUCCUAGUUGAGCUAUCCAUGGAAACUCAUCCUCAGUGUCGUCACAUCAAAAACAGUGUAUCUUCAUGGUUACCUUCGUUCUUAGUUUUUUGAAUUCCAUUAUGAAUGGACCAAUCGAAAAGCUCCAAAAGCUGCAUAGAUUGACCUCCACUGAAAAUAGCAGAUUUUUAAUCAUGACUUUUUAUUAAAAGUUUUAUAGACAAGAUACAGUUGCAGAAGUACAGUACAGUAAACAGACAAUGUUUGACUACUAUUCCUUUUAAAUCCCGUCCACGUCCACCCCAACCCCGCCCACAUAUACCCCACCCAACCACGCCCAUGUCUCCCCCACCCAACCAUACCCACACCCACCCAACCACCCCCACGUCCAUCCCACCCCUGCCAGGUCCAUCCCACCCCUCCCACGUCCAUCCCACACCUCCCACGCCCUCCUCACCAACCCCACCCACGUUCACCCCACCUAGCCCCGCCCAAGUCCACCCCACAAUGCCCAAGUCCAUCCCACCCCUUCCACGCCCUCCCCACCCCACCCCACCCAACCCCGCCCACAGCCACCCCACCCACAGCCACCCCACCCCUUCCACGUCCAUGCUACCCCACCCCACCCCUUCCACGUCCAUCCUACCCCUCCUACCCCAAUACAGUUGAUGUUCUUCCAAAGGGCAAUUGGGAGCCUAGGUAAAUGUGCGCAUGUUAAAAGCAGUGUUAAAAUGAAGGGUCUCUCUCUCUUUCUCUGUCCUUCACUGUCUUAUUCUGUUUCCCGUCAAAAAGAGGAGGAAUCCAUCUUGUGUUUCACAGUGUCAGCGUAGGCAGAAGUGUUUGCAAGAGCACUGAAGAAAUGUUUAAACAGCACAGUUUAUUCCACAAAAUCAAACUUAAUGUUUAAAGUACCAAUUUAAAGUCCCUUUUUACACCUGGUCACUUCAUGUGUCUUGAGUAUCAGGAUUAUAGCUGGAUAAAACCAAACCACAUAAAUGUAUACAAGUGUAAACACUCCCAAAAGAAAUUUAAAGAUACAGAUACUAAUCCCAUCACUCAAACUAAUAAAGAAGAUGACCUGAGACGCAUUUAAACUGAUACAAAUCUGAUCACUUACCCCACUACAUGAGGUGGUCUGAGACACAUUGAAAAUGGAUAUGAAUCUAUUAACUCAAAUCACUUCAAAAGGUGAUCUGAGAUGGGUUUAUACUGAUACAAAACUGAUUACUCAAAUAAUUUCAGGAAGUGAUCUGAGACACGUUGAAAAUAGAUAUAAAUCCAAUCCCUCAAAACACUUCAAGAUGUGGUCUAAGAUUCAUUUUAAACUGGUACAAAUCGAAUCUCUCAAACCAUUUCAGGAGGUGGUCUGAGACACAUUUUAAACAGAUACAAAUCUAAUAACUUAAACCACUUCAGGAAAUGAUCUGAGACACAUUGAAUUCAAAUGUCAAUCAAUCACUCAAACCACUUCAGGAGGUGAUCAAUGGGUGAUCUGAGAUACAUUGAAAAUUGACAUGAAACCAAUCUCCCAAACCAUUUCAGGAGGUGAUCUGAGACCACUUCAGGAGGUUGUAUGAGGCAUACAUGUAAACUAAUACAAAUCUGAUCUUCCAGACCACUUCAGGAAGUGGUCUAAGACAAAUCCAUGCAAAAAAAUAUAUGAUCAGAUUAUUUUAGUCUGAUUAUCAGAUAUGCAUUUGACUCCGAAGUAUGAAUGCAUGUGGUUAAAAUCUUGUCAGGAUACAAUUCCUAAACAAAUCACAUGAAUUGACCAGGUGUAAACAGGUUCAUAGUCAUAGUGAAUAAUCCAGAUUCAGGUAAUGUAUGCGAUGUAAAAGGCAUCACACUUUCCAUACACAAGUUUUCCAUUUAAAGAAUGCAACUGUUUUUGAGUCCCUGUGAGAGAAGUCAUUGAGGAAGUGGCUGACGUAGUGACGAGGCUACUGUAGCCGAGAUCUGCUCGUAAUUUCCCGCAAUUUCUCGUAAUUUCGGAUUUAGAUAGGAAAGCUGCUUUUUAUUUUGGGUUUUAUUUUGGAUUUGUGCAUCGGGUUACAUGUAAUGUCUGUAGCAGUGGUUAGGAUAUCACCGUUUCUUCAUCCGCCAUGACUCCUGUGCUUGUGAUGUCAUUGUUGUGAGACCCAACCCAUUCAACCCCCCACCCCCCCGGUCAUGCCUACGUUCGGCUAGAUCUUUUUACCACGUGUGUAAUAGAAGAAGAAGAAGAAUAAAAAAAAACCAUAAAUAAAUAAAUAAAUAAAGAAGAAAAAUCUUUUUGAAAAAAAAAAAGAUUGACCCUGUAAAAUCAUGUAAGACUAUUCUUUUAUAUAUGUUUUUCUCUCUUUUUUGUUUUGUAAAGGUUUGGGUUUUACUCUUUCUUUGGUGGUCACUGCAGCACUUUCUGUACAUUGACCAAUAAAGACUUUCCUUAGAAUGA